AUGGAUACUGUUGAUAAACUGCGCUUGGGAAACAGCUGCCAGUCUAAGCUUUCACAUACGCUCGGUACCAAGCUGGAAACAGAAUCGGUUUGGCCGAGCGUAUCCGUGGAUGAAGAUCAUUCAUGUGGCGGUAGAAAUUGUCCCGGUUGUGGAUGUACUCAACAAUCUCGAGGGGGAUCAAUUAUCUCCAACUCCGGUUGUUCCUGUUGUGGACGUUAUCAGGGCAAUUUUCUGGUCCGGCUGCACAUGUUUGUCAAAUUAUUGUACCUUGUGAAUACUAUUGGACAGAUCUAUUUACUGGAAUACUACACUGGAGUGGAAUAUAACUUUUACGGUGUGCGAGUGCUGUACGACUUGGCGCGUGGCAGGCAAUGGGAGGAAUCGGGACACUUUCCGAGAGUCACGUUUUGUGAUUUUGAGGCGAGAAAAUUGGCUCAAAGUCAUUACUACACACUUCAGUGUGUCCUACCAAUCAACAUGUUUCUUGAAAAGAUCUAUAUCUUUCUUUGGCUCUGGUUUUUCUUCGUUGGUCUUGUCACUCUGACCAGUAUUGUGAUUUGGUUUUGUCGCAUCGGGACCCGAUAUCGACGUUUUGCAUGGAUUCGUCACCAGCUCAUCACAAUACGUCAACUGAACAAAAGUCCAAACAGUUGUAUGCAAUUUGUGGAAAACCAUCUGGGCCCAGAUGGUGUAUUUGUGCUCCGAUUGAUUGCUCAAAAUUACGGUGAUCUCGUGGCUGGUGAUACAGUAGGAGAGCUUUGGGCUGCAUAUUGGCAACGUCGCGUUGGAGAACGCAGGCCGGCGGAUAACACGAUCACACCUCAACCGAAAACGUCAGAGCAACUGGGAACGAUUCCGUCUGGACGAGUGGCUGCUCGAACUAGGCGCGUUCAAGACCGACGCCAGGUUACCGAGCCAGCCGAAUUUGUCGCGACUGGAGAUCCACUGCAAAGAACACCGUCGCAAAAGGAACGCCGGCGUAAACAAAUGAUGCAAACCGGCUAUUCCGCCACCAUGAUGGCUACCGAGAUGAUUCAUCCAUCUGAUCGAUUUGCUGUUCCGCUUCUGACUUCAACGCGUCGACCACCAUCAAUUCCAUCACGGGGUUCAUCCCGUUACAGUCAAGACAGUCGUGACCGGGAUCGUAGCGAAUCACCACCCCCCAUUCCAACAAGAUCCCCUGAAGGAGGGGACUACAGUUUCAGUGAUCGUGUAUCUAUACAUGAUGACGCAUUGCAUAGUGAUAACCAAUCCACCGACGGUGCGAUCACACCUCCUCGAAUGGAUGAACAUGAAGAGGCAAACGUUCCGGUUGAUCGCGAUGUCCACGAAUUCGAUGAACACGAUCGCGAAGUAGCCGAGGCGUUUGAUCAGCAAGCGGAUUUACAGGGAGAUUACAGGGAACAGUAUGUCGACGACAUUCAACAGGAUGAUAAUAUAGUGUGA